AGCUGUCACGUGACGCGGCCGCCAUCACUCCUCCUUCCCCCCCCUCCCUCCCUGUUCAUCGGUUCGAGACCGUCCUCCCCUGCCUGGUACUGACCGUCUCAGCCAUGAUGCAGGAAGGCCUGGAUGACGGACCCGACUUCCUGUCAGAGGAGGACAGAGCGCCACGGGCCAUUAAUGUAGAUCUGCAGCCUGACGCCACUCUGCAAGUUGAUAUAUCUGAUGCAUUAAGCGAGAGAGACAAAGUAAAAUUCACUGUGCAUACAAAGAGUUCACUACCAAACUUCAAGCAGAAUGAGUUUUCUGUGGUUAGACAACACGAGGAGUUUAUAUGGCUUCACGAUUCCUUUGUGGAAAAUGAGGAUUACGCUGGAUAUAUUAUCCCACCUGCACCUCCCAGACCGGAUUUUGAUGCAUCAAGGGAGAAGCUGCAAAAGCUUGGAGAGGGGGAAGGUUCAAUGACCAAAGAAGAGUUUACUAAAAUGAAACAGGAGCUUGAAGCAGAGUACCUGGCUAUCUUCAAGAAAACAGUAGCCAUGCAUGAAGUGUUCCUGUGCCGAGUGGCAGCCCAUCCUAUUCUUAGAAAAGAUUUGAAUUUUCAUGUCUUUCUGGAGUACAAUCAGGAUUUAAGCGUUCGAGGGAAAAACAAGAAGGAAAAACUGGAAGAUUUCUUCAAAAGUGUAGUGAAAUCGGCUGAUGGCGUCAUUGUUUCUGGUACGAAGGAUGUGGAUGAUUUCUUUGAUCACGAGCGGACGUUCCUUGUCGAAUAUCACAACAGAGUAAAGGAUGCAAGUGCAAAGUCUGAUAAGAUGACAAGAUCCCACAAAUGUGUUGCUGACGAUUAUAACAGAAUAGGCUCCUCCAUGUAUGCAUUGGGAACCCAGGAUAACACUGACAUAUGCAAAUUUUUCCUGAGAGUGUCUGAAUUGUUCGACAAGACCCGUAAAAUUGAGGCUCGGAUAUCAGCUGAUGAAGAUCUGAAGCUUUCCGAUCUUUUGAAAUAUUAUUUAAGGGAAUCACAAGCUGCUAAGGAUCUCUUGUACAGAAGAUCCCGCUCUUUGGUAGAUUAUGAAAAUGCCAACAAAGCACUAGAUAAAGCAAGAGCUAAAAACAAGGAUGUGCUGUCGGCUGAGACCACUCAGCAAUUGUGCUGCCAGAAGUUUGAGAAGAUCUCUGAGUCUGCUAAACAAGAACUCAUGGACUUCAAAACAAGAAGAGUCGCUGCUUUCCGGAAAAAUCUAGUAGAGCUUGCUGAGCUAGAACUUAAGCACGCCAAGGGAAAUUUGCAGCUGCUACAGAGUUGCUUGGCCGUGUUAAAUGGUAAACCAUAAUACACACUCCGUCCUAAUAAGAGAGUAAACCAGACCCUCCUGUCGCCUCCAGGAGCUGCCACAUUUCCCAUGGAUUGGUGCAAUUGGCAAUUCCCAGCUCCUGAGGAUGACCCCCAUACAGACAUUGGGCUACCACCAUGUUAGAAACAGCACUGUGCUGCAGAGCCCACACUUGGUGUAUCCACAUGUACCUUUUUAUUUAGUCAUUGUAGUACGUCACAGAUACAAUCUUCCUUUUUUUUGGAUGAAAUUAAGCAAUUUUGAAUGCUCUCCAUGUAAUGAAUUGUAUUACAUAAUGCCAACCUUAUUUACCAAUGUAUGUUACUCUUGGAUGAUGUUCGACAUUCACGGUUCGAAUGGAUGAAAAAUGACCGUUAGAUGUUCACGUCUUAUACCUUGUCCGAGUUCCAUGUAAUGAUUUUUGAUGUUUAAGCCUCCGUUCUCUUGAUUUACUGAACUCUAUUUUUUUUGUAUUAAACGUUUUCUUAGAUAUUUCAGAAGCGUUCCAGUUAUCUUUUUCAGUUCAUAACGCUAAUGCAUCAGUAUGUAUGCCUUAACUUGUAGACUUCUCAAAUAUUGUAAAAUAAACUGUGAAUCCAAUGAUUUAUAA